CUAGUAAACAUAGUUUGUUACUCCGAAGACAUUCUCUGGCCACUAAAUUCAUUACGUGUUCUAAUUUUUCAACAGUCAACCACGCCCCUCAUUUCCGACACAGACCAACCACGCAGCCUUAUCUCUCUCUGUCAUGGCUUCAGCGGCGGCUGACUACUCCGACGAGCCCCUAACCCCAGCAGGCCGCCUCUUUGUUCAACCCCAAAUGAACCAAAUAAUUCAUUGCGCCGUCGGCUUCAAGAACCCAAUAAACAUAGACUCAAUCAAGUCCCAUCUCAAAAGCUCUCUCCUUCUCUCCCACCCCAGAUUCUCAAGCCUCAUGGUCCGCGACUCACAGGGCCUCGAGCACUGGCGCAAAAUCCCCCACCUCGACCUCGACCGCCACGUCAUUGUCGUCCCCAACCCCAUCACCACCGGAUCCCAUUUUGACCAUGACACCGCGGUCAACGACUACUUGGCCGACCUCUCCACCAGCUCUGGGCUAAGCGCCGAGAAACCCAUGUGGGAAGUUCACCUUCUAAUGGGUCACAACUGCGCCAUCUUCCGAAUCCACCACGCUUUGGGAGAUGGUGUUUCGCUCAUGUCUCUGUUCUUGGCGAGUUGCAGGGGAGCUGAAGAUGAGGAAAAGAUGCCAACUUUGGCUUCUGGGAAGAGAAACAGAGUGAAUGGUAAAAAGGGUUGGUGGGCUUUGUUGAUUGGGUUUGUGGGUAUGUUGUGGUUUAGCUUGAUUUUUGUGGUGGAGUUUGUGUUGAGAUGCUUGUGGGUUUGUGACAGAAAAACAGAGAUCAGUGGUGGUGAUGGGGUUGAGCUCUGGCCUAGAAAGUUGGCCACUGCUCGGUUUAGGGUUCAGGACAUGAAGCUCGUCAAGAAGUCCGUUCCAAAUGCAACCAUCAAUGAUGUUCUUUUUGGGGUGAUUUCAUCAGGGCUAUCAAGAUACCUAGAUCACAGAACAACAAAUGCUUUGCCCGAGGGACUUCAAAUUACAGGGAUAGCCAUGGUGAAUUUAAGAGAGCAGCCUGGAUUGCAGGAAAUAUCCGAUUUGAUGAAAAGCAAUUCAGGGUCAAGUUGGGGUAACAAAUUCGGCAUGCUUCUCCUACCUAUAUAUUAUCAUAAAAUAAGUGGAACUGAUCGUCUAGCAUAUCUGAAGAUAGCUAAAGUGAUGAUUGACCGGAAGAAACGAUCUCUGGAGGCUCAUUUCUCGUACAAACUUGGGUAUUUUGUAAUGACCUACUUGGGAGCAAAGGUUGCUGCCUGGCUGAAUUACAGGAUUGUUUGCAAUACUAGCUUUACUAUCUCAAAUAUACUUGGCCCGCAAGAAGAAAUCAUAUUUGGAGGCAACCCUAUAACUUACCUAAGAGUGAAUUCAUCCAGCCUGCCCCAUGCACUUACAAUGCACAUGAUAAGCUAUGCUGAAAGAGCAGACAUGCAAAUUUUGGUGGCCAAAGAUAUCAUCCCUGACCCGGCAUUUCUUGCAAAGUGCUUUGAGGAGGCCUUGCUUGAUAUGAAGGAAGCAGCUGCAGCCAUCAAUCGAACCUAGGAGGACCACUAUACAUUUUAAUGGAAUGUCAGAAAAUUGUAUGAGGUUGAAUGUGAAAGGAAGAUUAGUGAUACAUUUCAUUGACAUGCAGAAAGGGCAAAUAUCUGAAAAGGCUAAUAUGUAGAUGGUCUGUUCAUUUGCCAUCAUCAUCAUUCUUGUCGGCUUUCAAACUCUUUCAAACAAAGACAUAUAUACAUCAGCCAUACCUACGAUGUCACUCUCUCUCUCUCUAACACUAAACACUAUAUAAGAAAAGAACCAAACUCUCAAGAUCUAACGAUCAAUGUCAUGCGACCAAACCCCGUAAGUAACCAAUAAUAAGUUGCAUCAAUAAGUUGCAUGCUGCUAGUUGUUAUUCCCCCGGUAGGCAUGCGGCUUGUUGCGGCUUUUGGCAAUCAUGCCUUGGCCAAGGAUUGGGGUUUCUUGUUGCUUCCUUUCUUCCUUCGCAGCAGUAGCCUCCUGAGCAAACCAAAACCUCCUUGUUUCUUACUUGGCACAAUAGCCAGACUCCCAACUGCACUAUUACCAGCUUUAUGCCUUGAACCAAGAUGCCCUUCCCGCAUCAGAGCAGUAGGCGUGGACAAGGCAUUAUGACUAUCAGAGUGAAGAAGGGAUGGUUUUUCUGCAUCUGCAUCUCUCUGUGUUUCUUUCUCCUUUGGAGACUUGAUAUCCCCGACUCUGGGGUUAUCCUCAGCAAGCAUUUGAUCACGUAGCGAAGAGCGCCUGUUCAAGUUAUUGUCACUGGCAUUGGCUGCAGUGCUGGUGGUUGUUGAGAACACCUUGUCAAAAAGUUCUGCUUCCCUUGGCGUAGCCAGUGCCUUCAGCUGUUUUCCUAGGUUUAGGAUGGUUUCUUGGCACUCUGCCAACUUCACCGAAGCUGUAGUGAUUUCCCAUCCCUGAAAGUUUGAAGAACAGUCACACUGUAGUGCCUAAUUAAAAUAUUGUUUACAAUUGCAGUUGAUUUUUUAAAUCUAUUUUCUUAGGAAGUUUGAACUCCUUUUUAAACACAACCACUAUAUGUAAUGAGAUGAUCAAUGCAGUAUCACAAUA